UUCCUCUUCUUUCUUCCCAAGAAACAUAAAGAAACUAUAACCCUUUUCCCUUCUCUCAUCUCUAAAGUUGCAAAAAUAUAGUUAUGUAUAACAUGGAAGCUGCUGGGGUGAUUACACAGAAACAAAACUAUUUAUCAAUAAAAAGUCCAUCAUCAGUACUAGGGAUGAACAAGAAUUCACAAACAAAAUCCAAAGGGAUGAAGCCAAAAAUUCGCAUAAUUCACAUAUUUGCACCUGAGAUUAUAAAGACAGACGUGGCGAAUUUUCGGGAACUUGUCCAAAGACUCACUGGGAAGCCAUCAGAGAAGAAGAAGAACAACAUUUGCAAUAUCAAGAAAAGAACACAAAUUACUACCAAGCAAUUUGUUCCCAACAAAAUGGAGCUAAUUAAGAGUGGAUGUAAUUAUCCCUCAGAUUUGAGAGAAAGAAUUAAAGGAGAAGAAGAUAUAUGGAGAAAUGCAAAUUCUGGAGCAGGUUUUUUGGGUGGUUUUCAAGAUUAUGAAGGUUGUUUCAUGCAAGAUUUUAAUUUGCUUCCUUUGGAUGCUUCUGCUCAGUUGGAUGAUUAUGGACCUGUUGCUUGAUUAAUUAUCAAUUAGUUAGCUUUGAGACAGGAAUUUAAUUUAUUGGUGUUUGCCUAAUCAUGACUAUUUGUUUAACUUUCCAAUAUUUCUUGUUACUAUGGGUUAUUAGAGUUUAACUUAUUUAA